AUGUGGUUGUAUAGAAAGAAACUGUUGGAAGAAAAAGAAGCAUACUACUUGGAGGAAUGCAAAGAUGAAGGAUUUAUUGAAAAAGAACAAGAACAAGAGUAUGAUGAAGGAUCCCAGUGUCAAGAUGAUGACACACUAUUUAUUGAUGAUGAUGAUACAAUGGAUAUGAUUGGAGGAAUGAGAAACAAAAGCAGUCAUUUAAAACUCUUCUUCGUGUUGUGGUUCACGAAUCAACACAAAGACAUGCAGAGAGUGAGUUUGAGAAGACUGAAGCAAAAGAUGGUUGGCAAUCAGAAUUUGACAGAGAAGACAUAA